AUGGAAUACCCUCUCACGCGUAGGCGGCAGCCACCUGCACCAACGCCACCAUCACCGCGCCUUAUUCGAAGCAGAAGCGAAGCCGAAAACAAUUCAAGCUCGUUAAACACGAACCAAAGAUUGGUUAAUAAUCGAUCAAAAUCAACUACAAGAUCAAGAAACGAGAAUGUAAACCCUUCAAGUAAUUAUACCACUGGCACUUCUUUACCAAACAUGCAAAAGAAGCCUAGUGGUCAACAGAAAGAGAGUGGUGGUAAAGAUGGAUUUGUUAGGUUCUUGCAACGUGGCAGUAAAAGUCCACGUAACAGCUCUGCAGCAAUUAAGAGGCCAAAGUCAUCAGCAUCAACCUGGUCGUCGCAAUCAGCAUUGGCAUUAUCACCUGGACGCUCUCCUGUGUUUCCGGCACCAGAGCCGUCACCACGGAUUGGUGGAGAUCAGAGAGGGAAGGUCAACAGUAACGGUGGUGGUGGUGCUAUGAAUAGUGUUUUGAAGUACCUUAGGCAAAAGAAGGUGAAUCCAAUCCAAGAAGUGGAAUACCAUAGGUUUAGGGUUUUGCAAAAUAGGUUGUCGCAGUGGAGGUUUGUGAAUGCUAGGGCUGAUGCUGCUAGGUCCUAUGUGAAGACAGUAGCUGAGGAUAAAUUAUUUCAUGUUUGCCUUAGAAUCGUCAAUGCGAGAAAUAUCAUUCUAGAAAAGCGAAUUCAAAUUCGAAAAGUCAAGCACGAUGUCAAAUUGUGUCAAAUUAUUAACCCACAAAUGAAACUGCUUAAUGAAUGGGCAAAAUUAGAGGGAAAAAAUUGCGAAGCAGUGGGCAGAGUGACUAGGAAACUAUCAGCAUUGUCAGUCAAACUCCCUGUAGAUGAUGAUGCUAAGGGAGACGUGGAAUCAAUCUACAAGGCUAUUAGCACUGCAGUGCAGGUCAUGGAUAGCAUAGAAGCAACCAUCAAUAAAUUCCUCUCCCAGGUUGAGAAAAUUCUUUAUCUGUUCACAGAGCUUUCGAGCACACUGGAACAUCAGAAUGACAGAUGGGAGGAAAUGGAGAAAAUAAUAACCCUAGUUGCUAAACUAGUGGCAUGGGAGAAAAGUGUAACAGUACAUCUCUUGCAAAUAGUCCUGGAUGUAGAGGAAGAGGAAGCUGUCUCAAUACAUGAAUCAUGCAUCAAUUGA